AUUUGGCAGAAUAUUUAGUAUCAAGGAAUAUAUCAGAAAAAUAUACAUAAUUCACUUGGACACAGAUAUAAGAUCAGACAGUCACAGUUGUUUUUGAAAAAAAUCGCUUGGAUUGUUUGAUUUUCAAAUGGAUAGAUACACAAGAAAACUUAUAGUUGUUGGGGAAAAUGGAAACGGGAAAAGCUCAACAUGCAACACACUUCUUGAAAAAGAAAUAUUUGUCGGAGCGAAUAGAGCACGCACCGCUCGAUGUGAAACCUGCUUUAUACAUAUGGGAUCAGUUAAUGUUUGGCUGGUUGAUUCUCCAGGGAUGUUUGAGCCAAACAGUGUCCUUGCAGAGCGUGCAUUGGAAAUACAAAAUGCAGUUACAGAGUGUGAAGAACCUCACGCUUUUUUAAUUGUGUUUAAAGCAGAUGCACAGACGGAUGAGCGCAUAAUACAAACUGUUGAUAUGCUUCGUCUUAUCUUUGGACAACAGGUCAUGAAUCACGCAAUUAUUGUAAUAACGAAUGCAGCUAAGUUCAAGUCUGACGCAGAUUUUCAGAAAUUCUACCAGACUGGUAAACUAAAGGAAAUAGUCAAAAUGUGUAAAGAGAGGAUUGUUAAAUUAGAAAAUAUAAGAUACACACAAGAGAGAAAGAAAGAAAUGGUUGAUGAUAUAUUUGCGGUAGUUGAUAAAGUAUCAAGAAUGGGAAAGCAUUGUUUUAAAAACAGUGACUUGGAAAUUCAUAAAGACAUGUUAGAACAGCAUCUAGCCAAGGUAGAUGCUGAAAAGCCGAUAAAUGAGCAAAUAGAAUUGAUGAAAAAACGACUUAAAGAGCAGCUUCCAUUGCAACAAGGCGACAGUGGUUACUAUGAUGUGGUAGAUGGUCACUGACAUUAAGCACAUUUAAAGUUCUAUAUAUAUGAACAAAGUUUUUACCGCCUCUUAUCCGAACAAUUUUUGUUCCAGCUCAAAGAUGCGUACGGGGAAUGAGAAACAGAUGCAAAAAGAUACAUAGUAUGGCAUGACUAGAUGUAGUUAUUGCUAUUUAUCUAAAUGUAUAUACUCGUUCCUUUAUAUAUUAUGGUACGCCCUAAGAAGUGUAUUUACUUAGAAAAAUGUUGUUACU